UGGUUCUCCCUGGCUCUCGGGAAGGCUACUAUGCAAGCUCAGGAGGACUUUGUGUCGCUGGCUGAGUUGGAGGAUUCCUUGCUGAGGAACCUUUUCAGGGGUUACCAGAAGUGGGUACGGCCCGUCCAGCACGCCAAUGACACCAUCACUGUACGCUUUGGACUCAAGAUCUCACAGCUGGUUGAUGUGGAUGAAAAGAACCAGCUGAUGACUACAAAUGUCUGGCUCUGGCAGGAGUGGGUCGAUGUGAAGCUAAAGUGGAACCCAGAUGACUAUGGAGGCAUCACCUCCAUCAGAGUGCCUUCAGAGACUAUAUGGCUGCCUGACAUCGUCCUGUAUGAGAAUGCGGACGGUCGCUUCGAGGGUUCCCUGAUGACCAAAGCCAUAGUGCGCUGGGAUGGCACCAUAACGUGGACUCCACCUGCCAGCUACAAGUCCUCCUGCACCAUGGACGUCACCUUCUUUCCCUUCGACCGACAGAACUGCUCCAUGAAGUUCGGCUCCUGGACGUACGAUGGAAACAUGGUGGACCUGGUCCUGGUGGAUCACUACGUGGACCGCAAGGACUUCUUCGAUAACGGCGAGUGGGAGAUCCUCAAUGCCACGGGAGUAAAGGGGAGCAGGAGGGAUGGGGUGUACUGGUACCCGUUUAUCACCUACUCCUUCAUCCUAAAGAGGUUGCCCUUGUUCUACACCCUCUUCCUCAUCAUCCCAUGCCUCGGUCUGUCCUUUCUGACUGUGCUGGUGUUCUAUCUGCCAUCGGACGAAGGAGAGAAAUUGUCACUUUCCACAUCUGUGCUGGUGUCACUCACUGUGUUCCUCCUGGUCAUAGAAGAAAUCAUCCCUUCAUCUUCAAAGGUCAUCCCACUGAUUGGAGAGUACCUGCUCUUUAUCAUGAUUUUUGUCACCUUCUCCAUCAUUGUUACUGUCUUUGUCAUUAAUGUCCACCACCGCUCCUCUGCAACCUACCACCCCAUGGCUCCCUGGGUAAAGAGCCUCUUCCUUCAGAGGCUGCCCAGACUGUUGUGUAUGCGGGGUCACACUGACAGAUACCACUAUCCAGAUAUCGAGUUGCGCAGCCCGGAGCUGAAGCCCCGAAGAGGUGCAGGGAGGAGGGGGGUUCCCGGCCACAGUGGCAGCCAGCAGAGAGGCCCCCUUGGAGGGAAGGAGGAUGAGAACCAGGCCUGGCUGGCCAUGCUGGAGAAGGCCACAAAUUCAGUUCGCUACAUCAGCCGUCACAUCAAAAAGGAGCACUUCAUACGAGAGGUAGUACAAGACUGGAAGUUCGUGGCUCAGGUGUUGGACAGGAUUUUCCUGUGGGCCUUCCUCACAGUGUCAAUACUGGGAACUAUCCUAAUCUUCACCCCUGCUCUGCAGAUGUACCUCAGCACACCUCCAUGAACACACACAAACACUCUCCAACAGCUCCUUUCUGAUUUUCUGAGUUUCUCUGACUAUGAUUUAUUGAUACAGCUCAAUGAAACAUUAAUAUUCUAUAUUUCUAUUGUAGAAACAAGCUAGAGCUACAAACCUUUACCUCCCUACAGUGUGGCCUAUAACACUGUAUAACACCUAUAACAACCACUGGAAACUGUAAUGUUCGAGAUGCAACUUGUCGUUCAUUGUAAGGUGCAUGCACAGGAGUGCAAAGGAGCGAAAGCAAUAAGCAGGUUAUA